AGCACCACCGCAGAGCCGGACCUCCACUACUUCUGGUCCGCCGCCUGGGUCCAGGGCUUGACCUUGGAGACGGCGACUCUGUCCUGUUUGUGUGCCAGCCCCACUGCGCCGCAGGCUGCAGGUGUCCUCCCCGUGGGGAGAGAGAAUUCUCCGCCCUUCGCAUUGCUGCGUGUGGGGCCGCUUUCCUGGUCUCGCCCCACUAGAUGCUACGAGCAUCCCCCCCGUGACGACAGCCGAAACUGUCCCCAGAGGUUACCACAUGUCCCCUGGGGUUGAGGGCCAAAACUUCCCGGGUGGAGGACCACAGUCCUGUCCUGGUCUCACUCCACGGGAUUUGGAAAGCCUUAUGUGCACGUUAUGGGCUGGCUUUCCGCCUUCAGCCACAGUCAGGGUUCAGAAGGGUCAGAAUCAUCAGCAGAUAGUGGAGUGCAUGUCGCAGGGGUUUCACCUGUAGAGCCGGGCGGUGUGGGGUGCUGUCCUCGUCAUGACUCGUCCGCUCUGCGUUCUGGUGGGAAAGUGGAAGCUCGGCACAUCCUGGCCAGCGCACCAACUGACAGGAACCUCUGCCACUUCCAGGCUCUGGGCUGCCAGACCACCCACUCCAACCAGGAGGUUCUGCAGAACUGCUUGCUGGUCUUCUUUGCUACCAAGCCCCAUGUCCUGCCCACUGUCCUGGCAGAGGUGGCCCCUCUGGUAACGGCUGAGCACAUCUUGGUGUCUGUGGCUGCCGGGGUCUCUCUGAGCACCUUGGAAGAGCUGCUGCCCCCGACGGCACGGGUGUUGCGGGUCUCACCCAACCUGCCCUGCAUGGUUCAGGAAGGGGCCAUGGUGAUGGCCCGGGGCCGCCACGCUGGAAGCAGUGAGGCCAAGCUCCUGCAGGCCCUGCUGGAGGCCUGCGGGCAGUGCGAGGAGGUGCCUGAGGCCCAUGUGGACAUCCACACGGGCCUCAGUGGCAGCGGUGUCGCCUUCGUGUGUGCCUUCUCAGAGGCCCUGGCCGAGGGUGCCAUCAAGAUGGGCAUGCCGGGCGGCCUGGCCCACCGCAUCGCCGCUCAGACCCUGCUGGGGACAGCCAAGAUGUUGCAGCAGAACGGGCAGCACCCAGCUCAGCUGCGGACAGACGUGUGCACGCCAGGCGGCACCACCAUCUACGGGCUCCACGCCCUGGAGCAGGGUGGGCUGCGGGCCGCCGCCAUGAGCGCUGUGGAGGCCGCCACCUGUCGGGCCAGGGAGCUCAGCGGGAAGUAGGGCACAGGUUGAUCUGCCACGCGUGGGGCGGCGGCAGGUCAGCUACAGGGAGCUAGGCCUUGACCUUGCCAGCCCCUGAGAAGACCCUGGGGCUGAGGAGAAGCCACACCAGGUCCUUCUCUGGGGGAGCCCCACGAACAGAGCCCUGGGUAGGUCUGCUGCAGUGCCGGUCCCCAGCAGGCCAGGGGAGGUCCCAGGGGAUGUGCCCAGCCUGCUGCAGAGUGAGGACUUGGUUUCAGCUGCGUGUGGGCCCCCUCCUCCCGCUAAGCUCCUGGCAGGUGGCAGGCACAGCUGACCCUGACAGCCGAUCCCUGGGUCAUCCCGAGGGUCGCCUGGCCUCCCACUGAAGGACGUGGCUCUUCGGCACACCCCACAUGCAGCAGCCAGCGGGGAAAGUGGGGAACUCUGGUCUCAAACCAAGGCCCUGGGGCCUUUGGGUGGACGGUGGGCUGCCUGCCGCUGUCCCCCCACGCUACCCCCGUGGUUCCUGGAGCUCCCCCUCCCCACCGAGGCCCUGGAGUGCUGGAACUCCCCUCGCUCCCACCUGCCGGCCUGCCGGUGCCAGGCCCCCAGGAGGUGGGAGUAGGCCACCUCUGGUUUGCAGCCAGUCGGUCCCGUUGGGUGGUGGCUGGGGACACCCUGCGGCAGUGCUCCCCUGCUCCCGCCCUCCGUCCCCAGCCUCCAGCUUGGCCUCCCACGCAUGUCCCCAGACCACUUCUGCACCUGGCCGACCUGGGAGGUGGGAAUAAAGGCGCUGUCUGAUCGCUCUGAGUGACCGAUUUUUAGGCUGAGAAAGCAGAGUCCAGGGGCCCGGAGGUACCUGUGAGCUGAGGCUCGGGCCCUGGGAGCUGGCAGGGUGCAGGUGGUGUGGGGAUGCCGGUCACCGGUCCUGGCUGUCGGCCCUGUGGGCUGGAACCUUGCUCCUCGCCCCCCGGUUUGUGGGGGUUCAGCUGUGCGCCUUCUCAUACAGCCCGAGAACCUGGCUGGGUGGGCCCGUGGGACGGGGGCGCACCUCUGGCAGGCCCAGGCGGGAGGGCAGCCGUGCCCUGUACAGGACAGGAGUCAUGAGAGUGGCUUUGGGGGUCAGGCUGCAGCCUCAUCAGCGGCUGCCCCACAGCUCUAGUAGCCCAUGCUCAGGUUACUUGAACUUCUUUCAUCAGUGUUCGUGUCUCCCUCACGUUUUCAGGUUAUGAGGUGUUCGAGAUCUAAGCAUUGCGUCAGAAGUUACAAAAUUAAGACUUCAGAACUACCUACUUGGCUGAGGGUAUAGCGCACGGAACUCGAUCCUCAGGGUCACGAGCUCAGAGUCAUUUGACGGAGAGAUUGUUUAAAUAAGUAAAACGGGGUGCGUGGGUGGCUCAGUUGGAGACGUGUCUGCCUUCAGCUCAGGUCGUGACCUUGGGGUCCCGGCUCAAGUCCCGUGUUGGCCUCACUGCUCAGCGGGGAGUCUGCUU